CUUUUUAUCCUGAUAUUUGAAGGUUAGAUUAAUCACUUGACCUAUAAGUGGAUUUAUAAAAAGUUGUUGGUUAUAGGAUUAUCAUACUGAAGAGGAUUGAACAUGGAUAAACGUUGCAGGGUUUGCACUUCUAAGUUUGGGAUCUUCAGAAAGGAGGUUGAAUGUGAACGAUGCCGUAUUGCACUUUGCAAAGAAUGCCGAUCGUGUACAUUGACCGACCCGAAAGAGCAGAAAACACUUUCCGUUUGCAAGAAAUGCCACACCGCUGUGACGUCUGGGAACACAAAGCCUAGACCACGGUCGCCUCCAAUGAAUUUCAAACGUGAAAUGGAAGCCAAAGAAAAAAUGAACGCACAAAAACGUCAUCUGCCCAAACAAACAGUCUCUGUGGAAAUGUCAGACGAAGAUUUGCAACUUGCGGAACGUUUUCAUGAUCUUAUCGAUGAAACUUCAAAAUCAAAAGAUGUGACUGUCGCUGAUCUUGAAGCACGACUUAGCAAAUUAACUGCGGAUGAAAAAGCAAUUACUCAGCAAGAAAUUGAAUAUAGACUUGCAAAAUUGAAAGGAAAUCGACCGCCUGUCGUAAAAGUUCAUAGUAUAAGAAAAUCAGAGUCUGAUCAGACUCCUUCCACUUCUUCAGCUGAAACUCCUGAUCACCAAAUGAAGAAAUUGAUAAGACAAUACACAGAGGAGGUUGCUAUGGAGACGAACUAUGACCCCUUCCCGAACUCUGAUGAUACGUUCGAUCCCACACAAGUUCCAGAGGCUGUGACUGCCGAUUCAAUGAUUCUCCUUGCACAAGAAGAACUGAGAAGACAGAAAAAAAUGGGAGAAAUCGAUGAAAAUAUGGAGGGAAGACUGAAAACAUUGCAAGGAAUGUCACCUCAGAUCGAUUUAUGUGCGCCGAUAUCGAAACCUCGUACGAACUUGGAUGACCUUUCGGACGAAGAGGAAUUGGAAUUAAUUAAGCGACUGACGGCAGAAGCGGGAUUAGAAGUUUCGCUUGCUAAUAGACUAGGUGGCAGCACAGAGCAGUAUGACAUGAAUGUGGCGGAUAAAGGUUUCAAACCUUCUGAAAAGGAAUCCAGUGAUCUGCCAUGGUGUAUUAUUUGUAACGAGGACGCAUCACUGAGAUGUCACGGUUGCGAAGGGGAUCUUUACUGCCUCCGGUGUUUCAAGGAAGGGCAUGACAGUUAUGAUUUGAACGACCAUAAGACUUCAAAAUAUUCGGCACCUAAGAAUAUGGACUACGACUGAAUUCAGGGAACAGGAUUAAUUAAAUCUUGAACAAGUUCGGAAAAAUAAUAUCGAACUUUUUGAAUUCAUAUUUAACAGAAAACACAUAGAUGUCAAAAAUGUCUAAAUUUAACAUCUAUUACUGGGAAAAUAACAAUUCGGUAGUUGACCAAAAAUAUUCUAGUUGAAAAUGCUGCGGUACUCGAACUGAAAUUUGGUGCUCGAACACCUGAGUGUGCCAUUGAGUGAGACAACGUCACCCAAACAAAGCAAGCAUCUCGGUUUCCUCUUGACCAUUCAAAUGAGCGAUGCUCAAAUACGGACACGAAGGCCAAAACAAAGUAGUACGUGUAUGCGAUCUGUCACAGUGGACCAGCGUUUCCCAAACUGUGUUCCGCGAGUGUCUUCCGAGUGUUCCGUGGAAAAGAAAUCAAUUACGUCUAAAUUGGUCGCCACGGCGAUUUGAGGAUCGUGAAAUUGUCACCCAUCUGACAGUUCGAUAUCGCUUCAACGUCGGCCUAAAGCGGACUAUCUUGGGUAGGGUAGUGGCAUUUUCGUUAACCAUCGACUUUGCUUUUUGACUGUUAAGUUCAUUAUCAAGUUUACAGCAAUCCUUGUUGCUAUAGGCUAACAAGUUAGUCUAAAUAAUAAUGGUCUACUCUUCUUCCUCCACCUCCGCCUGGUUUUACUUUAACGUUGCUGAAAAAAAUACUCAUGUUCGCUGUACAUGGUUCAGCAGAUAAAUACACUGCAUGUCUGCGAAAUUGCGGCAAGUACUUCUAUCUCCAUUAGACGUGACAUUAGAGGCAAUAAACACUGCGGAAUGGAAAGUAAACGACAUAGAAAGAUAAAAUGAAUUUAUGAUUCCUAUACACAGCAUUUAAAUUAGGCAACGGUAAAACAUUUAUAAUUAUUGCAACAUGUAAUAUAUUCAAUCCUAUUUUAGGUAACACAAUUCAGUUAGUUUUCGCGGCGCAAUUGGCAACUCGCCACGACGAACCCAUGGGGAACCCCCACAUUGUACACCGUUUUUCUUUAACAAUUUUACCCUUUCAUCGUUCGGUGUUCCGCGACGCGAGAUAAAAAGUGCAAGUGUUCCGUGGUCAAAAAAGUUUGGGAAACGCUGCAGUAGACAAUCGGUACACAAUCUUCACGACUAUCGUGAGAGCAGAACCGCCAUGAUGGGAUCGCACACAGAAUACGAAUUCCACAUAAUUUGCUCAAAUGUACAGUAUCUGAUAUAAAAUUUUUGGUACUCCCGAAGUAUGCGAACCAAGAUGGUGGACACCGGAAAGUAGUAUGUGUACCAGGUUAGGGUUAGGCCAUAAUUUCAGGUACAAAUAAUACGGGAGUCACUU